AUGCCUCCGACUUCGGCCCCCCGGCGUCAAGAGGCGGCUGACCAUGGAUCAGGAUGGCAACGUGAGAAUCUACAGCAUGAACGCGUCCACAGGGGCUGGGCGGUGACAUGGGCGGCGCUGGGGCAGCCGUGCUCCACGCACGGGCUGUGCGGCCAGAACGCGCUCUGCGAGUACCAGCCGAGCCUCAGGUGCUCGUGCCCGCCGGCGUACGAGAUGGUGGAUCGGCAGGACUGGCGGAAAGGCUGCAAGCCGAUGUUCAGGCCGGUCACCAACUGUAACCAGCCGCCGUCGCCAUCGCCGGAGCAGCAGUUUAAAUUCCUCAGGUUGCCGCACAGCGACUUCUACGGCUACGAUCUGCAGUUCAACCAAUCCGUCACGUUCGAGUACUGCAAGAAACUCUGCUUGAAGAUGUGCUUGUGCGUCGGCUUCUCCUACAAGCUUGAAGGCCAAGGCGUCUGCUACCCGAAAAGCAUUCUGUUCAACGGCUUCACGUCUUCAGCCUUCUCUGGGACCAUCUACCUGAAAGUUCCUAUCGAUUUCGACGCAUCGGCGCCUCUCGUCACUGCACGGAGCGCCGCAGGCCUUGCCUGCGAUCCUAACAUUUCCGUGAUCGUCCAAAGAUCGGAAGGAACAUUCAGUAGAACAGGAAACGGGACGAAGUGGCCGUACCUGUUUGCGUUCGCCGGAGUACUGGGAGUUCUUGAUAUUAUCUUCAUUGCAACAAGCUGGUGGUUCCUCUCCAGCAAGCAGAGCAUACCCAGCUCACUGGAGGCAGGCUACAGGAUGGUCACGGGCCAGUUCAGGAGGUUCACGUACCGAGAGCUCAAGGACGCGACGGGGAACUUCAAGGAGGAGCUGGGCCGGGGCGGCUCGGGCGUCGUGUACCGCGGCGUGCUCGACAAAGGGAAGGUGGUGGCCGUGAAGAAGCUGACGAACGUGCCGUGGGGCGACGAGGAGUUCUGGGCGGAGAUGACGGUGAUCGGGCGGAUCAACCACAUGAACCUGGUCCGGAUCUGGGGGUUCUGCUCCCAGGGCAAGCAUAAGCUGCUGGUGUACGAGUACGUGGAGAACGAGUCGCUGGACAGGCACCUGUUCGACACGGACAGGACGACGCUACCGUGGCGCGAGCGGUACAGGAUCGCGCUGGGCACGGCCAGGGGCCUAGCCUACCUUCACCACGAGUGCCUCGAGUGGGUCAUCCACUGCGACGUCAAGCCGGAGAACAUCCUGCUGACGCGCGAGUUCGACGCCAAGAUCGCCGACUUUGGGCUGGCCAAGCUCUCCAAGAGGGACGACGGCGCCGGCGACAGCAUGCCGCUCUCUCACAUGAGAGGGACGACGGGGUACAUGGCGCCGGAGUGGGCGCUCAACGUUCCCAUCAACGUCAAGGUAGACGUGUACAGCUACGGUAUUGUGCUGCUGGAGAUGGUUAUGGGGUGCAGGGUGUGUGACCAGACCACGGCGGGCGGGGAGCGCCUGCAGACGCCGCAGAUCGCUCAGGCCUUGAGGCAGGUGGUGGCUACCGGCAACGUCGUGCCCUUGGUGGACGGUAGGUUGCAGGGGCAGUUUAAUCCUCGGCAGGCGUUGGAAAUGGUCCGGAUUUCCUUAUCGUGUAUGGAGGACAGGAGCAACCGUCCGACAAUGGACGACGUUGCCAAGGCUCUCACAGCCUGUGACGACGAGGACGAGCAUCCAGCAUACAGGUAG